AUGGCGGAGCUGCAGAUGCUGCUGGAGGAGGAGAUCCCGGGGGGCCGCCGGGCCCUUUUCGACAGCUACACCAACCUCGAGCGGGUGGCCGAGUACUGCGAGACCAACUACAUCCAGUCAACAGAUAAACAACGAGCUCUAGAAGAAACCAAAGCAUACACAACUCAGUCUUUAGCUAGCGUAGCCUAUUUGAUCAACACCUUGGCCAACAAUGUCCUGCAGAUGCUGGAUAUCCAGGCAUCCCAGCUUAGGCGCAUGGAAUCUUCAAUCAACCACAUUUCACAAACGGUUGACAUACACAAAGAAAAAGUGGCUAGAAGAGAAAUUGGCAUCUUGACCACAAACAAAAAUACUUCAAGAACUCACAAAAUCAUUGCACCAGCUAAUCUGGAGAGACCAGUUCGUUAUAUUAGAAAACCUAUUGAUUAUACAAUUUUGGAUGAUAUUGGGCAUGGGGUAAAGUGGUUGCUUAGAUUUAAGGUUAGUACACAGAAUAUGAAAAUGGGUGGUCUGCCUCGUACCACACCGCCCACCCAGAAACCACCCAGUCCACCAAUGUCAGGGAAAGGGACCAUUGGGCGUCACUCUCCCUAUCGCACACUGGAGCCAGUGCGUCCUCCAGUGGUACCAAAUGACUAUGUACCUAGCCCUACCCGUAAUAUGGCUCCCUCGCAGCAGAGCCCUGUUAGAACAGCUUCUGUGAAUCAGAGGAAUCGCACUUACAGCAGCAGUGGGAGCAGUGGAGGGAGCCACCCCAGCAGUAGGAGCAGCAGUCGAGAGAACAGUGGAAGUGGAAGUGUGGGAGUCCCUAUUGCUGUCCCAACUCCGUCCCCACCCAGUGUGUAUCCAGCCCCUGCCAGCUCGGCUGGCACUUCUCCCCUUCCUGCUACUUCUGUCCCUGCUCCCACCGCUCUCACUCCUGCUACCGUCCCAUCCUCUGCUGCCCCAGAUGCUGCUGCUGCUACUGCCGCAGGGGCUCAACCCCUUGCUGAUGGCUUCACCUCUCCAACUCCCCCUGCUGCCUCUUCCGCUCCUUCUGCAGGCCAUCCUGUUCAGUUCUAUAGCAUGAACAGACCAGCUACUCGACAUACCCCUCCAACAAUAGGGGGCUCCCUGCCCUACAGGCGUCCUCCCUCAAUUACUUCACAGAACAGCCUUCAAAACCAAGUGAAUGGAGGGCCCUUUUAUAGCCAAAAUCCAGUGUCUCUCGCACCACCUCCUCCUUCCAUCUUACAGGUAACUCCUCAGUUACCACUGAUGGGAUUUGUCGCCAGAGUUCAGGAAAAUAUUUCAGAUACUCCUCCACCUCCACCCCCUGAAGAUGAACCAGUCUUUGAUGAAUCUCCCCCUCCACCACCUCCUCCGGAAGAUUAUGAAGAGGAAGAAGCAGCUGUAGUUGAAUAUAGUGAUCCCUAUGCUGAAGAGGAUCCCCCAUGGGCUCCAAGGACCUACUUGGAGAAAGUUGUGGCGAUCUAUGACUACACUAAAGACAAGGAGGAUGAACUCUCCUUUCAAGAAGGUGCCAUCAUCUAUGUCAUUAAGAAAAAUGAUGAUGGUUGGUAUGAAGGUGUCAUGAAUGGAGUAACAGGACUCUUCCCAGGGAACUACGUGGAGUCCAUCAUGCACUACUCAGAGUGAAGACCACCAUGGAUGGCAAGAGGCAUAAUUGCCCCUUGCUUGUCAAGGAUUGUGGGGCUCUCCAGAUCUCCACCAGCACAUGGGAGAGACCCUGGCAAGUGAACUGAAGGAUGGGAGGAAAGAAGGAAGGAUCAUUGUAACAAAACCACUCUAACUUUUAUUUUAUUUUAUUUUUGCUCCUAUCUCCCUUUUUAUAAAAUAGUGAUUUGAGUUGUUUUGAAGAAAUGGCUCUUCCAUUGGCCAGCAGUGGCAGAGCUGAGCAUUAUGAGAGAUUUUAAUAAACAGAUCCAUUCAGGUGUAGAGUCAGGCGAUGUAAAGAGCUUGCCAAUUAACUGAUCCAUUGUUCCAGUUGUGACCCAUUCAAUCUAGACAUGGGAUUUUUCUCAGGAAUAAUUGUAAACCCUGGUACUGGGACAUCCCAAAUGCCAGUGUUGAAGGAUUGACUUUGAUAGGCCAUUUGCUCCUUUGCCCCCUACCCCAGCCUGCCACCCCCCUCCAGUAUCUCUAUGUUACACACUAUUAACUAUUGCAAGAGUAGUAUUGUGCUGACAAACAUUUGGAUGCACAUACCAACUGGAUCUCAGAUUGGUUCCUUGCAUCUCUAAUCCAAAUGCUUCUUUAGCUGUUUAGCACAUGUAGCCUGUGCUGGACAUGCAAGGAGCUAGUUUCAGGUUCACCUGUCUCUUACUUUUGACCAUGUAUGGGGAUGUAGUUUCAGAAAUGGAAUCCUACUUACACAGACCCUUCUCAGGCACAGGCUUGGCCACUCGCACCUUUAAAUUAUUUUUAAGACAUUGAAGAUAAAACAUCAACAUUAAAGAUUAGGUUGUGUCCCUCAUUUGACUUAUAGGUAGCCUUAUUCUCUGAAUGGCAGAGAUAACCAAUCCACAAAGUUGGGUUAUUCCCCUUGUGCUAGGAAACAUCGCAGGAAAAUUUAAAAUUAGCGUUGGAGUGCUCCCCACUUUCCAAAGGAUUUAGAGAAUGGUUUACACCCGCUUGCCUGAUGUUGUUCGGAUAAUGCUUUCAGGGCAUGUGUAAGCCAGAUGUGGUGGAUCUGCACAUCAGCCCUGGUUCUUCUCACCAAGGCUUGAUGUAGUCUGAAGGAAUUACCUCAUGUUUUAUAUGUUGGGGAAUUAGACUGGAGAGAAUAUCUCUGGUAAAGGGGAAAGUAUGAGUUUACUUGCAUGCUUCAGCUGAAGCCCUGAUCAGCUCAAAUAUUUAUCAUCAUGUAUACCAAUGAGAUGGUUUAAUUUUUUCAUUUCCAGAUUUUGGAACAUAUUGUAAAAUGCCUGUGCAAGCAGGCAAAUAUUUCCCAGUUCUGUUGGGUAAUUUUACUAGGAUUUCAAAGGGCUCCCUUAUUUAUGGUUUUCUUUGAACACUAAUUAGAAACUGAAGAGAGUCAUACGCUGCUUCUCCCACCCCCAAUCAGUAAAGUGGUGGCUUUUUCUUUCUGUGGAUGCAGUCCUGCUGUGAUGGCUUCAGAGCUUUUAGGACCAAAUCAGAUGAUAUCUGAAAUGUAGUUGCAUUUGGUUAAACAGCAGCUGUGGAGGCUCUUGAUCAUGAUUGAGCCUGAGAUGAGGAGUGGGCUCCCCUUGCACUGAGUGUGGAAGGAAAUUGCCGUUGGUGGCAGGAGCAGCAUCUCUGGCAAAUAGAUUAAACUGGAUAAAGGAUUUUUCUUGGGACUGUGGGAGUCUGUGCUUGCCACCAUUUCCAAUCCCACUUCCCCCACCCCCUUUAAUACCAGGUAUGUGGAAUGUCAUAACCUACUUCAUGUAUCAUCUGAGUUGAUUACAUAGAUCUGUUAAGCUACACUGACUAGUUGAGGGUGCAUUGACACAUGAAAAGUAAUGUACUUGGAACAUAGGUUGUACCAGCCUUUCUUUCUUAAAUUAGCCAAAAGUUCAUUAACCCAACAAAACCUGGUAAUGUAUUCACACUCCCAAACUCUGCAGGCUGUAUUGGUUUAAACCACCAUGGCAGGAAGGUUGUGGAAUCUUGCCAUUUUGUUUUAUGCUAUGAACAAACGUCAGGUAUUACCAAGAGUUACUAUCCUAGCAUAGAAGGCUGUGGUCUCUAAUAUUAUUACUUCUUAAGUGGAUGGUCAGAGUGCCUGCAAAGAUGACAGACUCAAAUCUUAAAACUAAGCUGUGUUGCCUUGACCAUACUCAAUAAAAUGGAAUCGCAGUUUGGUGGGAUGAGCAACUGUGGCCUUAUAGAUCUUUUCCCCUACAACUACCAUCAGUUUUAGUCACCAUAGCCAGUGGUGGUGGAUUAUGGGAGCGACAGAUGAACAACAAUUGUCCACCCUGAAAGGACUGGCUUGUUGGGGAGAGCUGUGUCAUUUGGCUAGAUGGAGCCAUUACCAUUAAGAGUUUGUCCAUAUAAUCGUUUUUCAGGAGGUAUGGAACAAAUUCAUUGUACCAGAGGUUUAAAAAUAGGUGUAUUGGCACUGUCUGGAAAUAUUAAAUAAGAUUUCCUUUCUUGCAUAGCUCAUGACCCUAAUACAGUUUUUUGCCAUGAUUUCCAUUAGUAAUGAAUGACUUUCAUUGAAAAGGUACCUUAAUUGUGCCAAAAUACUUUAAAGCAUGAUAAUUUGGAGUGAUACAUUUCAUGUUUUUGCCCAGUCAAAACUUGUAAAUCUCAGACAUGUAAAAAUAUUUUGGGUAACACCCCCCUCCCCAGUCGAAAUCUAAACAAUUCCUUCAUUUUUAAAAUGCAUUAAAAUUGCCAUCAUUAUCUUAAUCUUGAUUGCUUGCUUGCUGAAUAUUGUACAUAGUUUACUGCUGUGUAUGAAACCAUUCUCAAUACAGGGGCAUGUAUAUGCUGCACAAGACUGGAGCCAUAUGAAUUGUAGCGGUUAGUCCUUCUGAAGGGUGCAGCUACACUGGGGUCCAGGGCCCCACUGUGUACACAUUCUUAGAAACAGAGGUGACUGCCUCAUAUGCUGCUUUGGCUGACUCACUUGGUCAAUUAUUAUGACAUUUUAUUUUCUUUAUAUCAGUUCCUUCAAUCUUUAUAUCCAUUGUAAUUCUCUCUUGCAAUUGUUGAUGUAUAAACCACUGGCAAUUUAUACCUUCUUUAAGUAGAUUCUCUCUUCUUUUAAGUGCAAUUCCCCCCAUCUCAUUCUAGCAAUUGUUUAUAAUUGAGCCAACUUUUUUUGUUUUGUUUAUUUCUCAUUUCUCAUGAAGGCUUCAUGUGGCGAUACCCACAAUGGAAACUUUCUCUCUCUAUAUAUAUUUUUUACUUUAAUUCUCACCUUCCAUAAUGCUCUCCUUAUGAUGUGGUUUUUAAAUUCUUUAUUCAUUUUUACUUUAUUAUGCCUUAGGUAUGUAUGGUAUGUGAUAAACCCAUACCUAGGUUUAUGGCCUUCUAAAGACAACAACCUAUUCCCUUGUAGUGUCAUCCACUUUUUAUCCAUUCCAUGCAACAAUCAUAAUAUGAAAAAAGGUAUGGGACACCAAAACCAUCCCUCUCUUUACUUUCUUGCAUAAUUUUCAGAGUAUGAUGGAAGAUUAUGCAAGAAAGUAAAGAGAGACGUGGGUUUCAUUUUCCAGACCUUUUUUCAUAUUAUGAUGCUCGUUGUGAUCUUCUCUAAUGAUUCCUAUCUGUAUCUUAUCCCUUUGGCUUCUAAACAUCUUGUUAGGAAUACAUAAUCUCUUCUUUAGUACCAUGGCUGGUAUGUCUUUGAAGAGAUUAAUUUCCGUAUUGUCAAUCCUUAAUUUCUUAUUGUAACUUUUUUCAGCUAUUUGAUUUCUGACUUUCUCUGGUGAAAUGUAUCACUAUGUCUCUUGACAGAUUCUAUUUCUUCGCCAUUGAGGAAUUUGCACAUUUUUAAAAACCAUUUUCAGAAUCAAAAUGAUGUCUCGAUACCUCCAUCAAACCAGCCAGAAUGGGGAUUAAUCUCCCAUAUAAAUUUUCAUUAUAUUGUUCUUUCAAUCCUCUUAACUUCAGACAUCUUUUCCUUUGCCUUAUUUCUUUUAACAAAUUUGCUUCACUUUCUUGUCCGUUGGCAUCUCGUCUUUUCAUUCCUAAAUCUCAGCCACAUCAUCAAUUACUUUACUCAGUGUUUUCUUUAGAUCAUUGAUUUCUCCUUUAAAAUCCUAUCUUAUUUCUCCUUGAAUCCUUUAGCUCUUGAUGUAUCUCUAGUCUUACCCUAUUAAUUUCUUCCAGAAAUUUUAUGUUUAUCAUUUUAUUAUUCCAUGUCACUGUUUUGUUCUGCUCCCUUAUCUUUUCUCACAGCUACUGAGUUUUUCAGCUGUGACCUUGAACAAACUUGCCUUUGCCUUUGAGUUAUAUUCAGUCACUUAUCUGUUUUAUGUUGCUGUUCAUAAUUGCCGUGGUUUCAACCUAGUUUUUAAGUCUGUGAGGGUUUCUUCAACAGUUCCCCCUCCCCAAUUUCUUAUACACAGGAAUUCAGUAACUAACACACAAUGCUUUAAAUAUUUAUAAAGUUUCUGCACUUCUAUCAUUACCUUAUCUAUAGCUUCUGUUCAGAUAAUCCUUAAUAUAUAAACCUGUCUUAAAUUCUAUUACCAAUCAAUUUCUAAAUCCUCUUCUGAAACUGUUUCUAUUAUUUUUAUACAUGGUAACAUAAAAUGUAAAUGAUAAUAUUCCUAACCCCCUCUAUAUUCUAUUUAAUAUGUUCUUACUUCAUCACAUACUAAAUUCCAAAAAUAAUUCUUACAAAUAUAUCAAUGGAAAAUUAGUUAGAGUUGACUAUCUCAAAUAGUAUCCAGUGACAUUUCUAUAUUCAAUCAGUUUCUCUCUUCUAUAUUCCAUUAUCCUAAGUUGAUCACCUUUAAAUAUAAUUCAUUCAUUCAUUUCAUUUUUAUUUCAAAAUUUUUUCACAACCAUUUAAAUUAAAUUAUUAAUGUUAGUAGUCUAUGAUUUCUUAAAAUAGUUAAACUUAUUAUUGCUUCCCUUAAUCAGUCAAAUACCCUUAAUUAAUCAAUUUCCCCUGGUCUUUAUAUUUUCUAAUUCUUUAUAUAUUCAGUCUCUUGAUACUUCUGUUCUUCUAUUCUGUCAUCAAAUAGUCCUAUUUGCUUCUUUUUUCUUCCUCCUCCCAUUCAAAUACUUCAGAUUUCCAGCUGUUGUUUAUAAUCCUUAUAUUUGUAAUCUUAGUUAAUAUCAAAUAAUUAAAUAAAAAUAAUUUGUCCAACAUUUUCUAAUUGUAUAUAUUUGGUAAUUAUUUGUAAAUGUGUAAAUACUUUUUAAUAAUAGUUCCUUGCAUUUAUCUUGAAUAGUCUUAUUUAAGACUAUUUUUAUUGUAUUUCUUAUCCAGUCCUAUCUGCUUUCUCUCUUCCAUUUCAGUUUUUGUUUUUUUAUCUUUCUCUUUCUCAGCCUCUGUCAAUUUAAGUCUCCAUAUCCAGUCCUAUUUCUUUCCCAUCGCAAUUUCUUUUUAUCUAGUCCUGUCUUCCUUUCUCCUUCUCUGUCUCUUUCUCUGUCCCCGUCUGCUUUUGUGUUCCUUCUUUGCACUUAUACUGUAUAGCCCCUUUAUAUUAAUCUCAACAAAUACUCCUCUAUUUGUUACAGUUCUGUCAUUACAGUUGUUUCAAUUUCUUCCUGUCUACGCUGAUAAUGUUUCAAACACGCCUCCUCUUCUCUCUCCUCACGUCUCCAUACAGCCUUUUAAUUUCUGACUUUCACUUUCUCCAAAUAAGUCCACAAAGUCUAUGAAUCUUAGGUGGAAUGUUUAUUUUGAAGAUCUGCUUUUGUUCCUUCAUUACCUUAAACUGAAUUUUGAUUGUACUAAAAUUGGUAAUGACUGGUUUCUGUUGGAAACCAAAUGCGGUGGUGGUUUGCUCAUGGGCUUCUCAGUCCCCAUCCACGUCAAGUCUUCUUCGGGACUUCUUCUUGAUUCUCCAAUGCUGGGUCCUCGAAUAGACUCUCAUGAGCCCCUCCGAGUCCCCUUUAUUGAGGGGACAAUUUUAGCCACUUUAGAUCUUUUUCCUUUGUGACUACAGCUGCAUUUUGCUGCUUCCUGGCACCGGCUUCUGUGCCUUUCAGCUGUUACUCUGCCAUCUUACCCGGUAGCAGAAUCUUUUAAAACACCUUUGCAAUAUUACCAAGAAUUUGGUUCUUCAGUGCUCAUCUCAUCACAGAUGCCAAGACUUGAGUGACUUCAGCAAAUUACUUUUUGUGAAUGAAUUAUCAUACAAUUGGAUAAAAAAGUGAAAACUAUAGCUCAAGGUAUUAUGUGUUGGAUACCUUUUUAAAAACCCAAUUAUGGUCUCUCUCUCCUCCCCAUGGAGCUACUCAUUACUUAAUGAAGUCAUGGCUAACAAUAUUAGGAAGGCUGUGUAAUAAAACCUUGUAUAAUCCUCCAACUACUUCAUUUGGCCCAUAGAAACAGGUUUCUACUAGGAUCAUUCUACCCCCUUGUAUAUAAUGUAUAUAUGUUAAGUCUCUUAACAGACACACACACACAAAACAUCUAAAUUUGACUGUGAUCACUGCCAAAUGGAGGAGCAUUUGCUGGGGUCAGAUUGCAUAAUCCGUUAAGGUAGAAUGGAAUGCACAUAAACCCGAGACAGACCAUAUCCUGGGAAGAACCUCUGUGGAAAUGCAGGUGUCCACAAAUGCGCUUACCAUAGGCUAGCGCUCCUGCUCCUCCUCCUCCAGGUCCUUGCUCAGCAUGCAUGAGGAAGACGUGGUGCUCCACUCUGACUGUAAAAGAGGAGAUACUGUGCAGUAUCUUUGGGGAAGGAAUUUGCUACAUUUCUGUGUGGGAGCACUCUUCUCCUAUUGCUGAGUUUCCUAGAACUUGCAGAGAGAAGGGACCAGUGGCAGUGACAAAUUCUGGCUAGUUAAUGAGCUAAGGCAUAGUAACCUGUGCUGGUGAACAACAAGUGUUAUGUGGAUUAAGAAAUUAUAUGUGAAAGUUAUCCCCUUAUGUUUGCAUUACUCAUCAAAGUGCCCAGAGGAUUUUUUUCCCCUGUUCUUCCUUUUCUCCCAAAGAUUAUCCAGAGCUGUAAAAAGGCAGAUGUACUGAGGAGAGUGCAGUUAGAGCCCUCAUCUGGUUUAACUGCUUCUAUAGGCAGAGAUGCCUUUUCCCCCUUGCUUUACAGAAAUCGUUGAUUCUUCACAUUACUGGUGCACUUUACUUCUGGUAGGGGGCCUUGUGUACUGUGGUGAACUUUCCAAUAACCCUGGUUUUUCAUUUGCCCCUCUUCCUCCAAAAAGGGAAAAGACAGAAAAGCAGGUUGCCUUAACUUUGGAUUCCUCACAUCACAGGUGAGUUGGUCUUUUCUCUGUCCUUUGGGGAAAUGCCACAUCAUUUGUCUGAACAGAGGACACAACCAGAAUGUGCAGUCGUUACUUAUUCCAGAAUAAGCAGACAUUACUAAAGCAUUCAAUUGGUUUAGUGCAGUGGUUCCCAAACUUUGGUCUUCCAAGUGUUUUGGAUCUCAACUCCCAGAAGCCCCAGUCAGCUUGACCAACAGUCAGGAAUUCCGGGAAAUGAAGUCUGAAAAAUCCUGCAGGACCAAAAUUUGGGAACCGCUGCUGUAGCUAGGGUCCAAACCAGUUAGACAUUAUCAGAAGCUUAACUUUAAGUUACAACCAAAAGCUGUCUCCAAGUAGACAAAAUCAGCUCUGGAUUGGCCAGCCCAUCAGAAAGCUGCUUCUAUGCCAUCACCAUUCUGCAAGCACUGAAGAAGGUGGUAAAGUUCCUUCUACUACAACCCAGUUUAAAGUCAACCAUGGUAACAUGGUGUAAAAGGCAAAAGCAAACCUAAAAGGACUUGUCUGAGCCGCAAACAUGUUCCAUCACACAAAGAACCAGCACUGCUUUGUGCUUCAUAUCUAGGGUUGCCAUAAUUGUCCACCACCACCAGGAACAAAAUGUAGGAGAAUUUGUUCCACAUUUUGUGUCUGGCAACAGUGGACAACCAUGGCAACCCUAUUCAUAUCACUUCCCCAACUCUAAAGCAAUACAAGCCUUACCAGGGCUGCUGUGCAAUUCUAAAACCUGUCCUUGGUAUGGACAGGUACUUCUGUAACACAUGCUGGGCUUGGGCAGCCCUUUAUUCACACAUAGAAUAGAAUAGAAAUUUAUUGUUAAAAGCUAAAAGCUGUCACAAUAUAAAAUAUAUCUAAACAGUAAAUACAAAAACAGAGUUUUUUUUAAAAAAUGCAUAAAAAUCACCAAAAACAACAUGGUAAAGUUAAUAAAAGAGAUCCAUCAACAAAAGGCCAAUAAUACAUCAUAAAUGAUAAAAUAAUAAAACCAUAAAACUAGAAUGGAUCUAGCCGUCAUUCCCAUCAAGAAAGCUAGUUCUAAUCUUGCUAGCAGCUAAACCAAAUUUUGCUACCAUAGAAGUAAGAAAUGCAUUGUUGCCAGCCAAAAGGACACAAGUCUGCUGAAAGCAAGAUCUACCGGAAAGGGAUUUCAAAAUACAAUCAAGAAACCUUUGUCUAGGAGAUAUAUACAGAGGGCAAUGUAGAAGGUAAUGUUCUAUAUUCUCCACUUCCCCAGUUUUGCAGAUAGUCUUAGAUGGACAGGAGUGUUAUUAUAUCUGCCCGUCAAAUAGGCAGAAGGCAUACAUUGGAAUCUUACAGCAGUAAAUGCUUUUCUAGCAGGGGCCAAAGUAAGAUUAAUAAAGUAAUACUCUAACCCAAAUGAAGUCUUGUACAAUGGGUACCAAAGAGAAAAAGAAGAGCUCGAAAGUGAAAGCUGAUCGGCCCAUUUGGAAGCAAGAUAAAUUUUCUCUUUGAUCAGUUGCUUGACUCUGCGGGUGGCAUAAUUUGGAAGUGAGUCCACAUUAAUCUCAUAGCUCUGUAAUAUUGUUCUAACUAUAGAUACCCAGGAGUUUGGAGAAUUAAGAGAUAUUUCUUCUGAAAAACAUUUUUUGGGGAGCUUAGAAUCACUCAUGGAUAACAACUUUAACCAGUAGAAGGCAAGAGCAGUAUGGGUAGCAGCUAGAAGAGUAGAUUGGCCUGUUUCUGCUCUCAGAAAAGAAACAGGGGUACACUUAGGGACAGCCAACAGGGAUCUUAGAAAUAAGUUCUGAACAGUUUCUAAAUUUGAGACACUUGUAUCCCCAAAUUUCUGCUUCAUAUAAUAACUGAGGAACAAUUUUUCUUUGAUAAACCUCAAUAGUAGGUGCUACUAAGUAACCUCCUUGAAGUCUAUGAAAUUUCAACAGAGAAUUUAUAGAGAGGGAUGAUUUUAGCUUAGUAGCAACAAAAUGAGUUUUCCAUGACAAAGGCUCCACAUAUGAAGUUUUUUUUACCAAAACCCACAACUUUGGUUUUAGAGUGAUUGACUAUUAACAUUUUCUUUGUACAGUAUUCAUUUAGCUUCUUUUAGAGUCUGCACAUUCCAAUUAAGGUGACCGAAAUCAAAAACAAUAUCGUCAGCAUAUAACAACACUGAAAGUUUAACAUCCUGAAUAGUAGCUGGGAAAAAUUUUGAUUCUUUUAAGGCCUGGACGACAUCAUUAAUAUAGAAAUUAAAUAAAGGUGCCAGAAGACAAUCCUGGUGUACACCUCUGUCUGUGGGGAUGCUAUCGGAUAGAACCCCAUUAGCCCCAAGUUGAACCCUGAUGGUAGUAUUCUUACUGUUCGAAUAGUCUGGUCUAGUGGAGUGCAACUCUUUCUGAUUAAUAUAUAUUGCCCUCCACAGAAUUCAGUGUAUGAACAUGAGUUUAAAUGGUUGGAUUUAGAACUAAUUCUCACAGCUUUGUUUGAUGCAUAUGCUAACGCAUUAAUCUUGGUGGCAGGCAAUAUGAAUGCAAGACUGGGUUCCAAUAAUAAGAUAGCUGAGAAACUUGGUUUAAGUCGCGAGGAUUUUUCCCAUAUACCCAUUAGGAUUGCUAAGGAUAAAUGGAUCUAUUCACACAUAUUGUAUGGACACUUUUCUCCCUGCAUGAAUUUUUAGAUAACUAAAAGUGGUUUGCUUAUAACAGAACAGGUAAGAAAAUAUCAACAAUUUAAAACUACAUAAAAUCAAUUAACAGGUGAAAAUUAAUGCUGUUGACGUGGAAGAUGGCACUGGCUGCAAGAUGGCCUCUCUGGUGGGUUUUCGGCUCUGCAAUUCUCGCAGAACCAGUUUAAAAUCGGCUGGGGGGGGGGAGGUACUGGGAAAACAAUUCCACUUGUUAUCCUUCUAGUUAAUUGCAUCCGGGACUCAAGUUGUUCUUGAGCCAGGUGUAAAUAUUGUUCAUGGCUCGUUUUCAGUAGUAUAAAUUGGUGAUACAAGUGAAUGUAUCUUUCCUUCCAAUACUGCGUUUCCUGAACAGCUGGAUUGGAAUUUGAUCUUGAAUUGGGCCGUCACAAACGGGGUCCAACUGAUGGGAGCCUGGCUGGAGUUUCAUCCCACCUCCGUGGCCCGGCUCUCCCUCACUCAGCCAUGUCUAUGAAUGAGAAACUUGCCUGACAGCAAAAACACGCCAAAACAGAGGAACCUGUUGCUGUAGCAUUAGUGCUUAAGUUAGCAUUUGAACUCUUAAGUCUGUCUCUUUGCAAAGCCCUGACCACCAGAGCUAGGUUUUGUUUAGUGAGCAAAUCCAGGAAAAUUGGGUCAAGAUUCCAUAGCUCAGUGUACCCUCAGUUUGAACAGAAAUCUUUGGGCAUGAAAUGGUUUGGAUUGUUUUCAGAGACCUGCGGUGUUUUUAAAAAUGCAUUGACAUAGAGAAAUGGUUCAUAAGGAGCUUCUCUUUACUGUUUAAAAGAGACAAGUUUCUUUGACUGAGUGGGACAGUUAGAAGACUGUUCAGCUUCUGUGGAAGGUAGUGCCACAUUCCCCUAGAAGGCCUACAAUUCAGAUGCUGUGGCUGCUCCCUGCCCACCCCUUGGCCAUGAUCAUCUUCCUGUGGAGCUGUUGCAGCGGGUGUUUCUAGAUUGCUCUCAUCCUGCUGGUUUUAUGCUUUGUAUUCUGCAGUACUAAUGUUGUAAAGAAAUUCUUUGGAUUUCACGCUUAUUAUUUUUUUGUACAAAUUUGAAAUCUGUCGAAUGUCUACGGAUGAUGCUAUCAAUGUACCAGGCCCAAAGUAAUCAGACUUUUUAUGUAUGUAAUGUUGCAUAGACUGCAUGCUAUAUCAAGUCAGUGAGGGUGGUAUUCCAUCGAUAAAUGGUAAAUUUUCUCCAGUUAUUUUAAUUUAAUGUUUACUUUUU